CGUUGUAGUGAGAAGUAUUGUCUGUUUUUUCUCCGUUCAACAUGGCUGCCCUGAGUGAUUCGGUGUUAGACGCGUUGGUUUUUGAGCAUUUGUCACGAAAAGACAAAACAUUUGCCGCAGUAUUCCAGAAGAAAUAUCAAACGGCCACACUUCCGAAAGGAGCACCAAAGUUAGAUGAAAUCGUGAAACAUUAUCAAGCCACAAACAAAAAGCUGGUACUAAACAAAGUAGCAGCAGAGGAAGACGAUGAGGAUUCCGAAGAAGAUGAUGAAGAAGACGAAGAAGAGGAAACAGCGCCUCCUCCAGUGAAAAACGGCAAGUUGAAUGGCAAGGCUGCAACAAAUGGAACUGCUGCGAAGAAACCACAACAAGCCGCUGACGAAGAGGAGGAAGAUUCCGAUGAAGAGGAAGACUCCGAUGAGGAGGAGGAGGAGACCAAGCCGGUUAAAAAGGCGAACGCCAAAGUCGCAGUAAAGGUAACACCUCUCCUGAAACAACAGAAAGAAGAAUCAGAAGAAGAUUCCGAUGAGGAGGAAGAUGAUGAUGAGGAGGAAGAAGAGGAGGAGGACGAUGAUGAAGACGAGCAACCUGUCCCCAAGAAACAGCAGCCUGCAAAGGCUGGACAGAAACGUAAGGCAGAAGAAGCCGAGGAAGAAGAUGACGAAGAUGAUGAGGACGAGGAAGCUGAGGAAGAAGCGCCCAAAUCAUUGGCUAAGAAAGGCAACAACACUCCGAAGUUCAACGAUAAGCCGCAACAAAAGAACAAGAAUGAUCGGACUUCAUUCGGCGGCUAUGACAAUCGCAACGGCGGUGGAUCCAACAAAUGGCAGGAUGGUGACGGAAACACCGAAAAGAGACAACACGAGCCACGGCCCGGUGAUUGGGAUUGCCCCGAGUGCGGCCAAUCGAACUUCCGAUCCCGUCAGCAAUGCUUCAAGUGCACGAGUCGUAAUCCGAAUCCAGAAAAAACUUGGUCUUGCCCGAGCUGCCAGUUUGACAACUUUGCGAGCCGUUUUAGCUGUUUCAAAUGCCAAACCAAAAACCCUGAUGGUAGUUCUGACGGAGGUGGUUUCCGCGGAGGUCGAGGUGGUCGAGGAGGCUUCGGUGGUCGUGGAGGAGGUGGUGGUGGUUUCGGAGCAGGCGGUGGUCGUGGAGGUGGCGGUUUCCGUGGUCGUGGCAGUCCUGGUGGGCGCGGUCGUGGCAGUCCCGGUGGGCGAGGUCGGGGAGGAUCCUCGGGUUUCGGAGGUCCACCUAAUAAGAAAAUGUCUUUUAAUGACGAUUUCGUAAUUACUAAUGGCAUUGGCAAUGCUAUCAAGAAAGUAGAAUCAUCUGAUGAUAGUUCCGACGAUAGCACUGAAGAGGAAACAGCAAAGCCUGCAGCUAAAAAGCCAGCUCAAACUGUAGCUACUCCUAAAGCUGGCACUGCUGCAAAGGCUGUUACUCCUGCAGCUGCGAAGAAAAAGCAGGAAGAAUCGAGCAGUGAUGAUUCCUCGGAAGAGGAGGAACCUGCAAAGAAACCAGCUGCUGUGAAAGCUACUCCGGUGGUGGCUAAACCAACAAAUGGAACUGCUGCAAAGAAAGCGGAAUCAUCUGAUGAUAGCUCUGACGAUAGCUCUGAAGAGGAAGCAGCAAAACCUGCAGCUAAGAAGCCAGCUCAAACCGUAGCUACUCCUAAAGCUGGCACUGCUGCAAAGACUGUUACUCCUGCAGCUGCGAAGAAAAAGCAGGAAGAAUUGAGCAGUGAUGAUUCCUCGGAAGAGGAGAAACCUGCAAAGAAACCAGCUGCUGUGAAAGCUACUCCGGUGGCGGCUAAACCAACAAAUGGAACUGCUGCAAAGAAAGCGGAAUCAUCUGAUGAUAGCUCUGACGAUAGCUCUGAAGAGGAAGCAGCAAAACCUGCAGCUAAAAAGCCAGCUCAAACCGUAGCUACUCCUAAAGCUGGCACUGCUGCAAAGGCUGUUACUCCUGCAGCCGCAAAGAAAAAGCAGGAAGAAUCGAGCAGUGAUGAUUCCUCGGAAGAGGAGGAACCUGCAAAGAAACCAGCUGCUGUGAAAGCAAGUCCUGUUGCGGUUAAAUCAGCAAAUGCAGUUGUAGCAAAGAAAGCGGAAUCAUCUGAUGAUAGCUCCGACGAUAGCUCUGAAGAGGAAGCAGCAAAACCUGCAGCUAAGAAACCAACUCAAACCGUAACUACUCCUAAAGCUGCAAAUGCAGUUGUAGCAAAGAAAGCGGAAUCAUCUGAUGAUAGCUCCGACGAUAGCUCUGAAGAGGAAGCAGCAAAACCUGCGGCCAAGAAACCAACUCAAACCGUAGCUACUCCUAAAGCUGGCACUGUUGCAAAGGCUGUUACUCCAACAGCUGCGAAGAAAAAGCAGGAAGAAUCGAGCAGUGAUGAUUCCUCGGAAGAGGAGGAACCUGCAAAGAAACCAGCUGUUGUGAAAGCUACUCCGGUGGCGGCUAAACCAACAAAUGCAGUUGUAGCAAAGAAAGCGGAAUCAUCUGAUGAUAGCUCCGACGAUAGCUCUGAAGAGGAAGCAGCAAAACCUGCGGCCAAGAAACCAACUCAAACCGUAGCUACUCCUAAAGCUGGCACUGUUGCAAAGGCUGUUACUCCAACAGCUGCGAAGAAAAAGCAGGAAGAAUCGAGCAGUGAUGAUUCCUCGGAAGAGGAGGAACCUGCAAAGAAACCAGCUGCUGUGAAAGCGACUCCGGUGGCGGCUAAACCAACAAAUGGAGCUGCGGCAAAGAAAGCGGUAUCAUCUGAUGAUAGCUCUGACGAUAGCUCUGAAGAGGAAGCAGCAAAACCUGUAGCUAAGAAACCAGUUCAAACCGUAGCUACUCCUAAAGCUGCUAAUGCAGUUGUAGCAAAGAAAGCGGAAUCAUCUGAUGAUAGCUCCGACGAUAGCUCAGAAGAGGAAGCAGCAAAACCUGCGGCCAAGAAACCAACUCAAACCGUAGCUACUCCUAAAGCUGGCACUGUUGCAAAGGCUGUUACUCCUGCAGCUGCGAAGAAAAAGCAGGAAGAAUCGAGCAGUGAUGAUUCCUCGGAAGAGGAGGAACCUGCAAAGAAACCAGCUGCUGUGAAAGCUACUCCGGUGGCGGCUAAACCAACAAAUGGAACUGCUGCAAAGAAAGCGGAAUCAUCUGAUGAUAGCUCUGACGAUAGCUCUGAAGAGGAAGCAGCAAAACCUGCAGCUAAAAAGCCAGCUCAAACUGUAGCUACUCCUAAAGCUGGCACUGCUGCAAAGGCUGUUACUCCUGCAGCUGCGAAGAAAAAGCAGGAAGAAUCGAGCAGUGAUGAUUCCUCGGAAGAGGAGGAACCUGCAAAGAAACCAGCUGCUGUGAAAGCUACUCCGGUGGCGGCUAAACCAACAAAUGCAGUUGUAGCAAAGAAAGCGGAAUCAUCUGAUGAUAGCUCUGACGAUAGCUCUGAAGAGAAAGCAGCAAAACCUGCAGCUAAGAAGCCAGCUCAAACCGUAGCUACUCCUAAAGCUGGCACUGCUGCAAAGGCUGUUACUCCUGCAGCUGCGAAGAAAAAGCAGGAAGAAUCGAGCAGUGAUGAUUCCUCGGAAGAGGAGGAACCUUCAAAGAAACCAGCUGCUGUGAAAGCUACUCCGGUGGCGGCUAAACCAACAAAUGGAACUGCUGCAAAGAAAGCGGAAUCAUCUGAUGAUAGCUCUGACGAUAGCUCUGAAGAGGAAGCAGCAAAACCUGCAGCUAAAAAGCCAGCUCAAACCGUAGCUACUCCUAAAGCUGGCACUGCUGCAAAGGCUGUUACUCCUGCAGCUGUGAAGAAAAAGCAGGAAGAAUCGAGCAGUGAUGAUUCCUCGGAAGAGGAGGAACCUGCAAAGAAACCAGCUGCUGUGAAAGCUACUCCGGUGGCGGCUAAACCAACAAAUGGAACUGCUGCAAAGAAAGCGGAAUCAUCUGAUGAUAGCUCUGACGAUAGCUCUGAAGAGGAAGCAGCAAAACCUGCAGCUAAGAAGCCAGCUCAAACCGUAGCUACUCCUAAAGCUGGCACUGCUGCAAAGAUUGUUACUCCUGCAGCUGCGAAGAAAAAGCAGGAAGAAUCGAGCAGUGAUGAUUCCUCGGAAGAGGAGGAACCUGCAAAGAAACCACCUGCUGUAAAAGCAACUCCGGUGGCGGCUAAACCAACAAAUGGAACUUCAGCCAAGAAUGCAGUAUCAUCUGAUGAUAGCUCCGACGAUAGUUCUGAAGAGGAAGCAACAAAACCUGCGGCCAAGAAACCAGCUCAAAUAGUAUCUGCAUCAAAAUCGAUUACUGUUGCAAAAACAUCUGCUGUCAAAUCUCAACAAGACGAAUCCAGUAGUGAAGACGAUUCUUCAGAAGAGGAAAAUACCGCUAAGAAACCUGCAGCAACCACCGCUAAAAGGAAAGCAGAAUCAUCCGAUGAUAGUUCGGACGAAGAAACGACAAAACCGGUUGCAAAGAAACCAACCCAGAAAUCCGUUUCUUUGGUUUCUUCAACACCAAAGUCAGAUGUAAAUGCUGCAAAGACCGCGACGUCAGAUUCAGAUUCGGAAUCAGAUUCAGAUGAGGACGAAAAACCGCCAACAACGCCAAAUGGAGUAAAUCACGUGGGGCAGAAAAGAAAGCUAGAGCAACAGGAACAGCUUAACUCAUCCGCGAAGAAGAUGCACUAUAGCAACCAUUUUGUGAAGGCCAGCGAUCCUACUGAUGGCUACCCAAAUGAACAGUUCGAAACUCCACCGACCAACAAAAAACCGUUCGAAGAAAACGGUAGUACCAGCAGUGGGUUCGGAAGCGGAAGAAAAUCAUUCACAAACAGCGAUGAAAAACGUGGAGUCACACGAUUCCAGCGCGUUCGAGCAGAUGAGGUCGAAAUUGAUCACCGGUUGCAGGACAAUUCAUACGAAGCUAAGAUAAACGCCCGAGGAUCAUACGGUGAACGAGCGAACAAAAUUCUAAAACAUACGAAGGGCAAAUCUUUCAGGCACGAGAAAACCAAAAAGAAACGUUCGGGCUAUCAGGGAGGCAUUAUCGAUAUGAGUGUAAAUUCGAUUAAGUUCGAGGAUUAAGCGGAAAAUUGUACUGACUUGGGAUCCACUACGACAACGAUGUAGGAAUAGCUCCAAUGUAACAAUAGAUACGCGCUGUUCCUACAAUGCUACAGCGGAUCUCGUAUCUCCUACAAUAGUGGAUCUAGAGCAGUUCAAUCAUACAAAGUUGAUGUCAGACUUUUGCUGAAAUCCCACGACCCUAGAGAAAGCAGUGCCCGUUCGGUUUGUCUCUACUUCCAUUUCGUACAGUUAUUAUAGCUACGUUAGCGUCCUAAACCGGACAACACGUGUAGGUAUACGCAAUCACAGCGUAAACGAUAUUUGUUUCUAAUUAUUGUCAAAACAUUGUAUGUAUGUAUAUGCUCAAAAAACACUAAAGGACACAAUCCAAGAAAAUAGUUUAUCUAUAGGCGGUAGGGAGCAUAAAUACUACUUCUUUACUUUUACGGUUUUUCACUACCCCAAUCGAGGAGGAAUUAGAAAUGAUGGUUUUUAUCAUCUUAAGUCAAAUCGCCUAUAUAUCCCCGUAUUUAUGAAAGACAUAGAUGUAUACAGGGGAAGAAUAUCGCACAGUAGUGUGUAUUACAUUAGUAAGAAUCUAUUUGAGUUAUAUAAAUAAACGUGAUCA